ACCUCUUGCACUCGUCGUGUCGCGACUCGUGAGCAAAACAGCGUAUUUACCGGGUGCUGCUUCGGUGCUCUUCGUUCCUUCAGAGAGCAUUACAAGCGAUUUAUCAGGUUUUCUUUCUUUUGAAUUCUCUUUCUCUCUCUCUUAGAAAAAAAGCGCAUUCUGAGCUUCUAAGAGGGUAGAGUUUCGACCCGGCGGCGAGGGAUCUACCUGUACUUAAGGAGCUCAAAAAUGACGGUCACACCGAAGAUCUCCGUCAACGAUGGGAACCUUGUGGUUCAGGGGAAGACCAUAUUAACUGGAGUACCUGAUAACAUUGUGCUGACUCCGGGUUCAGGUUUGGGGCUUGUCGCUGGUGCUUUCAUUGGUGCCACGGCUUCCAAUAGCAAAAGCCUCCAUGUGUUUCCCAUAGGUGUUUUAGAGGGUCUUCGAUUCAUGUGUUGUUUCCGGUUCAAGCUGUGGUGGAUGACUCAAAGAAUGGGGACAUCUGGGAGAGAUGUUCCUCUGGAGACCCAAUUUAUGCUUGUAGAGAGCAAAGACGGCAAUGGAGAUGACACCCCAACCAUCUACACUGUCUUCCUCCCGCUCCUUGAAGGCCAGUUCCGUGCUGUUCUGCAAGGCAACGACAAUAAUGAGAUAGAGAUUUGCCUUGAGAGUGGAGAUAGUGCUGUUGAGACAAGUCAAGGCCUUCACCUUGUCUACAUGCAUGCUGGAACUAAUCCCUUUGAAGUUAUCACCCAGGCUGUGAAGGCUCUAGAAAAACACAUGCAAACUUUUCUUCAUCGUGAGAAGAAAAAGUUGCCUUCUUUCCUCGACUGGUUUGGCUGGUGCACAUGGGAUGCUUUCUAUACUGAUGUCACUGCUGAGGGUGUUGAAGAAGGGCUUAAAAGCUUAUCCAAGGGAGGGGCGCCUCCAAAAUUCCUAAUUAUAGAUGAUGGUUGGCAACAGAUUGAAAAUAAAUCCAAGGAUUCUAAUACUGUUGUACAAGAAGGAGCGCAGUUUGCUAGCAGGCUGACAGGAAUAAAAGAGAAUACAAAAUUUCAAAAGAAUGGCCAGAACAAUGACCAGGUCUCAGGCUUGAAGCAAGUUGUAGAUGAAUCCAAGCAACAUCACAACGUCAAAUAUGUGUAUGUCUGGCAUGCUCUAGCUGGUUACUGGGGUGGAGUGAAACCAGCGGCUGCUGGUUUGGAGCACUAUGAGACUGCUCUUGCGUACCCAGUGCAGUCCCCUGGUGUACUAGGCAACCAACCAGACAUAGUCAUGGACAGCUUGUCUGUUCAUGGUUUGGGCCUGGUGCAUCCGAAGAAGGUUUUCAACUUCUAUAAUGAGCUUCAUGCAUACUUGGCUUCGUGUGGAGUAGAUGGAGUAAAAGUUGAUGUGCAGAACAUUAUUGAGACUAUGGGCUCUGGCCAUGGUGGAAGGGUUUCUCUUACACGUAGCUACGUCCAGGCCCUAGAGGCCUCAAUUGCUCGGAACUUCCCUGAGAAUGGAUGCAUUGCUUGCAUGUGUCACAACACAGAUGGGAUGUAUAGUGCCAAGCAGACUGCUGUUGUGAGAGCUUCUGAUGACUUUUACCCUCGGGACCCUGCUUCCCACACUAUCCAUAUUUCCUCUGUUGCUUACAACUCCCUCUUCCUCGGAGAAUUUAUGCAACCUGACUGGGAUAUGUUCCAUAGUCUACACCCAGCAGCAGAUUAUCAUGGUGCUGCUCGUGCAAUUGGUGGAUGCCCAAUAUAUGUUAGUGAUAAGCCUGGCAAUCACAACUUUGAACUUCUGAAGAAACUGGUCCUCCCUGAUGGUUCAGUUCUCCGUGCUCAGCUACCUGGUAGACCCACCCGUGACUGUCUCUUUUCUGAUCCAGCUAGAGAUGGAACCAGCUUGCUCAAAGUAUGGAACAUGAACAAAUGCUCUGGAGUAGUAGGUGUGUUCAACUGUCAAGGUGCAGGAUGGUGCAAGAUUGAAAAGAAGACUCGCAUCCAUGAUGCAUCUCCCGGUACACUCACUUGUUCUGUCCAGGUUGCUGAUGUUGAACUCAUGGAUCAGGUUGCUGGUGCCAAUUGGAACGGGGAGACAGUAGUUUAUGCAUAUGGAUCAGGAGAAGUGAUUCGCUUGCCAAAAGGUGCUUCACUGCCAGUGACACUGAAAGUUCUCCAGUAUGAACUGUACCACUUCUGUCCUCUUAAGGAAAUCACAUCCAGCAUUUCAUUUGCGCCAAUAGGCCUGCUUGACAUGUUCAACACUGGCGGUGCUCUGGAGCAGGUAGAGAUCCAUGUAGCUUCGGACAGGAAACCCGAGCUCUUUGUUGGUGAAGUUUCCUCAGAACUGACCACUUCCCUCGGUGAGAAUCGAUCUCCAACUGCAACAAUUGCCCUCAAGGUCAGGGGAUGUGGACGGUUCGGUGCUUACUCUUCCCAGCGUCCAUUGAAGUGCACAGUGGGAAAUGCUGAGACUGAUUUCAACUAUGAUUCUGCGACCGGCUUGGUAACCUUUAGCAUCCCAAUGCCAGAAGAAGAGAUGUACAGAUGGCCUCUAGAGAUCCAAGUUUAAGUAGUUCAAAUGCUAUGAUAUUUGUCAACUAGAACCAUCCCACUAUUAGGGAGAAGGGGAUGGAGUUGGCACAUGUUCUGAUGGUCUGUAUGUACUGCAGAGAUAGGGAGUGAGGGGGAAGCCUUUGUAUUGGAAUAACUUGGACGAACCAUAUUCGUAGUCCGUUUCUCUUUUAAUAAAAAUGCUUAUCCCAAAUCUCCAUUACAA